UCCCGCCGUUCCUCUCUCGCUCUCGCUCUCGCUCUCUCACUCUCUCUCUCUCUCACUCUCUCUGUAGGCUGGCAAGUCAGUCAGUCGGUCGUCGCCGUGCGUGUUCACGUUAUCUAACUCAUCGUCAUCUGACGACGUCUGCCUGCUCGCCCGCCUCUCUGUCAAUAAUUCUCGUUGUCGUCGUCCAAGUCUGUUUGUCGACAAAAGUCAUGAUUCUCAGCUUCGGUUCGGGCCCCUUCAGAGAUGGAAAGCAGCCUUGUGCUGCUCAUAUAUAGACCCACGGACAACUGUUGUUCCAGACAGCUGAGCUCCUUCUCUGUCAAAUCUGCUCGACGCCUGUCCGUGCGUCUCAACUCCUACUACUGUUUAUUCACAGUCGCCCCUCGAAAGGACACAGCUCAAGCUGCUGCUGCUGCUCCGAUUCUGAACCUGGUCACAACCAAUCUUGGCUCGCCCCUGUCGAUCAUCGUCCUCGAUUAGACGGAAACGAGAAUUUCACUGACAGAGAGAGCCACAGAGAGAGACACAGAGAGAGCGAGAGAGAGAACGUAUUAUUAUUUUGGUAUUGAUGGUUACAGCUUCAAGUCUCGAGGGAGUCAUGGGGAAAUGCUGUAAUUUAUAGAUUGUAAAAUUAAAAACUGCGCUGGAGUUUGUUGGCGAGGAAGAGCAGAGGGCUGGCUCGCUGGCUGGUGGAUGCGAAAGUAUAAGAGUCACAGCAGAGUGCGCAGAUUAGACCCAAGGAAUCCUUCCUGAACUUCGUCGUCUCUCGUCGUGGAGAGUGCGGCGAAAUUGACUGCAGGCGAAGAGAAUUCGCGUCAGGUGGAGCUGAGGUCGGGAGAUCACACGAAACGCUGACAGCCGAGGGAGGUGGAAGGAAGAAAUCCGGUGAGAAUUCUGCACAAGACGAGAAUCGCAUCGCGAUGGUGGAUUCCGUCAGGGCCCCGUUGCUGGACAAUGGAGGCUCGAACAACGAGAGCGGCGCGCAGCUGCGCCGAGCGGAGUCCAAUGGAUGCAUUAUCGAUCGCGUGUGCAUUCCGGUGUGCAGGCACGUGAGCAGGAGGAACUGCGAGAUUUUGUCGGGCCCCGUGGGCGCCAUGGUGGUGUACUUGACGGCGCGAGCCACGGGCGCAGGCAACGAGACGAUGGAGGCGGAUCCUCACAAGAUCGCCAUCAUGCUCGGAGCUCUGGUGUGGAUGGCCUUCUGGUGGAUCUUCGAGCCCGUGCCCAUCGCCAUCACGUCGCUGCUGCCGCUGGCCCUGUUCCCGUUUCUGCAAAUCAUGGACUCGCAGCAGGUCUCGAGCCUCUACACGAACGACAUUGUCAUGCUCAUGCUCGGCACCUUCAUCCUGGCCCAGGCCAUCGAGCGCUACGACCUGCACAAGCGCAUGGCCCUCAAGAUCCUCCUCAUCUCCGGCGGCCAGAACAUGGACCCCCGCCUCGUGCUCCUCGGCUUCUGCGCUGGCCCCGCAUUCGUCAGUAUGUGGAUGUCCAACACCUCGGCCGCUGUUAUGAUGAUCCCCAUGGCCAAGGGCGUUCUCGACAACCUCAAGCCUCUCGCCUCCUCCACCUCCUCCGCCUCUCAGCCUCCUCUCCGUGCCACAUCUUCCCCGUCUCUCGCAGCCUUCAUGGAGGAUGAGGAGCACGCCAUAGGCUCGAAGUUGCACGACGAGGACGAGGAGUUGGAGCAGGAGGAGCGCAGGAUGGCCGAGGCAGUGGUGCACACGUACUCGCAGGGAGUGAUGCUCGGGGUGACAUUCGGGACUGCAGUGGGAGGCAUGGCGACUCUGAUCGGCUGCGGGCCCAAUGUCGUCAUGCCGGGCUUGUACCACGAACGCUUCCCGGAAGCUCCUCAGGUCACGUUCCUGCAGUGGUUCAAGUUCGCCAUGCCUCUCGCUGUCCCUUACCUCAUUCUUCAGUGGCUCUUCCUCUGCUGGUACUACUGCCCAUCUUCGGCCGUGCCCAUUCUCUCCGCCAGCUUGAAUCGCCAGCUCGUCGAGAAAGAUUACGAAUCAUUGGGUCCCAUGACAUUCGCCGAGAAGUUCAUCUUCGGAGAAUUUUCCAUUCUUGUCGUUCUCUGGAUCUCGCGGACUUUCGGAUCGACCCCCGGCUGGGGCUACUAUUUCGGCAACUUCCCCAAUGACGGCACGGUCUCGAUCAUGGCGGCAAUCUUGCUGUUUAUUGUUCCGAACAAAAUCAAGGAAGGAGAAAUGUUGAUGGACUGGAAACACUGCAAAGGCAUCUCGUGGAGUGUGCUUCUUCUUCUCGGAGGAGGUUUCGCUCUGUCGAAGGGCAUCCAGGUGACCGGGCUGUCGAAUUACAUGGGCAUGAAGAUGCAAUUUUUGGAGUCCGUGCCAUACUAUCUUCUGACCCCGAUGAUGUCGAUCAUCAUCAACGUGGCCACCGAGUUUUCCUCCAACACUGCCACGGCCACUCUGUUUCUUCCCAUCAUGGCAGAAGUGGCCGUAUCCAUAAACUGUCACCCAUUGCUGCUCAUGAUUCCUGCCACAUUCUCCAGCAAUUUCGCAUUCAUGUUGCCAUCUGGGACUCCUCCCAACGCUCUUGCACACGGCACAGGCUUCUUACCUGUCAACGACAUGCUGUUCCCUGGUUUCAUGAUGCACAUCAUCGGCAUGGUCUUGCUGUCGAUAUUCACGCCCACUCUCGGGGCGUAUGUAUUUGGACUUGAUACACCUGCUUCCUCUUUGCCAUGGAUCUUCGAAUGAAACACAAGACGCGACGCGACGCGCAGAAUUUCAACCGAGCAGCUACGGACCAAGUAACCAAGCCUACAAUUGGCGACAAACACGUGCACGAAACACUCUCACGGACUCACAAGAAAUAUAUACCGACUGAAUUCGGCAAGACGAAGAACGACUCGUAUGAUGAGAAUCGAUGUACACUACUAGUGCACAUGGCAGGCAGGCAGACAUGGCCACAUUUACUUCCAAUGACGACGACGGCACCGUGUUUUCAAGGUGCCCCUGUCGGAAGAGAAAGGAUGAAGAUGGCGAGAUUUGAACUUCGUCACCGUCUGCCAACCAAAGAAGGCAAUUCUGCCUUACCCAAACGAAUUCAUGGGCUAGGGAAAGAGUGUUAGGAACUUUCUACGAGGAGUUACUGACCCGACGAUGAUACUAACGUGACUAUAAAGUGUUUGCGAACGCUCGAAACGCGCACACAAGUCGAGCAAUUUCUCGUUGUAAAUCGGCUGUAGUAAUAUUACUGAUAUCUCAAUCUGCUACGAAAGGAAGGCCCAGGGGAUCAGAGUGCACACGUCAAGGGACGUGACCCCAGCCGUCGCAAGAAGAGACACGGUUCGAACUUCUAUUGAGCAGUUAUCAGAAGAUUGAUCAGAUUCGAGACAGGCAGACAGAAGCAAUUACUUACAUACUUUUGUGAAUGACGGAGCGGUCUUUUUUCCCGCUUGACCUCCUACCAGCCUUCAAGAUGUUGUACCAUAGUAUGGGAGAUUCCACAGAGUGUAGAUUAAAUUAUUCUUCUGAAGCACAUGCAAUCAGUGUGCUUCGUUGUAACCGCGAUAUUACCUCCCCUCGAGCUUCUUAUAUACCU